UGUCAGUGUUUGAUGCGUACAUGUUGAGUUACAUAGUUUAAUGACAUUGAGAGUCUUGUUUUGGCACCUCCUCUCGCAGUUGGAUAUCUGUCUGUCAGUAGGAUUCUACAAACAUGCAUUCAGAUUGAUAGUCACCAUGGCAUCAAUAAGUCGGGAUGCACUGAAGGCUGUCUUGCACCACGAUAGUGCAAAACUCAGAUGUGAUUUUGAGGUUGGAGAAGUAGAGUACAUCAGCGCAGGCAUCUACUACGAUGAGUUUUUCUCAAGGUUUCUCAUUCCCAAUAAGCCAUGUGUUUUUGGUCCUCAUAUCACAAGAGAAUGGAGGGCAGUUCAGGAGUGGGUGAUGGAAGACGGAAGGCCAAAUUUUGACUUUCUUGCUCAGAACUUUGGGGAUGCAGUUGUGCCAGUGGCUGACUGUAAGAUGGUCGAGUAUUCAGCGCAGCCCAAGUCAGACAUGCAGUUGGCAGAAUACCUCCAUUACUGGGAACAACUUAACGAGGAUGUCAGGGAAAACACUAGUUGCCUUUAUUUGAAGGACUGGCAUUUUAAAAAAUCCUUCCCAGAUUACAAGGCUUACAGGACACCUGUCUUUUUCACAUCUGACUGGAUGAACGAGUACUGGGACAAAAGGCCCGGCCAGACAUCGGACGACUACCGCUUUGUCUACAUGGGCCCUAAGGGUUCUUGGACCCCUUUCCAUGCUGACGUUUUCCGCUCCUAUUCCUGGUCGGCAAACGUCUGCGGCCGCAAGAGAUGGCUUCUGUACCCCCCGGGUCAGGAGGACUGCCUCAGGGAUGUCUUGGGCAAUCUGGUGUACGAUGCCACCUCUCCUGAACUACACAAUCCAAAUAAAUAUCCCGAUUACCACAAAGCCUGCAAGCCAUUUGAGGUCAUUCAGGAGCCAGGCGAGGUUAUUUUUGUACCGAGUGGAUGGCAUCACCAAGUUUUUAACAUUGAAGAUACUAUCUCUAUCAACCACAAUUGGCUGAAUGGAUGUAAUCUGGACAUCACCUGGGCAUUUUUGCAACAAGAACUGGCUUUGGUCAAGAAGUCCAUUAGUGACUGCAGAGAUAUGGAGGGCUGGGACCUGCAGUGUCAGAUGAUAAUGAAAGCCAACACUGGAAUAGACUACCCAGAAUUCUUGCAGUUGCUGUGGACAGUGGCUGAGCCUCGUCUUGACCAAUUGCGGCUUUACAGUGAGAGCUCAAGAAAAUGUUCAAACAGCAGACACAGCAAGCCCGACAAACCUCUUGAUCGCUCCAAGAGAUCCCAGGAGCUUCAUGGUCUCAAUACAAGAUUGUCAUCAGGAAAUCCUGAAAGAACAGUUGAAUCUACUGUCAGUGGGGAAAUCCUGAAACCUUCUUCAGUUGAAGAUUCCCGAGGCACAGUAGAGUUGGAGGGGCAGUCCUCCCAUUGCGCACGAGGUGCAGGAAGAAUUCUGUCAAACACCGAUGAAACAGCUACGCCAAGUGAUAUGGACAGAGCUACUAACGACCACACGGGCAGUGCUGACCCAAAUCAGCCUUCAUCACCAUGUUCUGAAGAAUGUACAUGUAUCUGUGAUAGUGAUACCACAUCCAGAUGGUCCACAGUAUGGCAUAUGAUAUUUGAUCUGUGUCGUAUUGGAAUGAUCUUGGAAUCACUGAGAGAAAAUGAAGAUUUUUGCCGGCUAGAAACUGGAAGCUUGUGUGUAGAUCCACAGCAGGUCAUUGGGGAAAUUAUUUGCGUCACUGAGGGCCUAGUUUAGGAAUGGUCUCAAAACUUGACAAAUAUGCUACUUUUCCUUUCGGGGUACUCAAGUUGGAAGUGAAUUAAAUAAAUUUGCACUCUAUGUUUCUUUUUUCCUAAAGAAUGCCUGUUCCAGUGUUUGAGUGCAUACCCACAGAUAAACGAAACAAGGCCCUGUUCCAGGUUGAAGUUUCUAGAAACUUCACGUUUUCAGACACUGUAUCAAGUGGUUCACUUACAGUAGAUGUACCCCUAACGCUGACAUGAACUUUUGGACAUUUUGAAAUUAACCAGCAGGACUGACUGACACAAAGAUAUUUGAUCCAUCCCACAAAGGAAUAUGAAAUACUUGUAUAGCACAUCUGAAACACCUUUUUCGGGUUUCAUGCACUACAUUUGUGGGGGAGUGUUUCGAAGAAAGGUUUUUAAGUGGAGUAUGAGAGGAGCACUGUCUAGUGUCUACAGUGAUAGUUUGUCUUAUUUUUUUACUUGGAACCUUUUGUUUAGAUUGUCUAUGAUUUUUGUACAAUAUUUAGAUUUUGAAAGUGCAAUAGAAGACUAAAUUUUGAAGAUGUUUUGUUUAAAUUUCACAAAGUUUUUGAAAGAGAAAUAGCCCUCGUGUUUGUCAUCUUGUCCCUCUGUGGUUCCCUCACCUUAAAAACCCAAAGUAGUUACCAGCAUCUUCAAUUUGAAUUAAUUUUGUACAAACUGAAGCAAUGCAUUAUAGCCAAAAAGUAAAAUGCAGAUACAUGUAUGUGUGAGUCCUCUUUUUAGAAAUGAUGCCAGAAGAAUUGCUUAAAAACCCAAAUC